AUGGCUGCGUCUCCACAGACCUCAAGCAAGGAAAUGAUGAAGAAUAAGAAUGUCGCCGGUGGACAGCUGGCAAUGCACUCGAGAGACCCUCCUACCGGCUUCUUUCGUGACGGAUACUGCAGAACCGGACCUGAGGACAAGGGAAACCAUUCGGUAGCAGCCACGGUGAACCAAGAGUUUCUGGACUUUACGAACUCGAGAGGCAAUAACCUUGGCGAUGCCGGCGUCAAAGACGGAAUGAAAUGGUGUCUCUGUGCACAUCGGUGGAAGGAAGCAUUUGAUGCAGCGCAAAAGGGACAAAUAUCACAGUCGACGGUACCGCGAGUGCAUCUUCAUGCCUCGCACGAGAGCGCUCUAAACACCGUCAAGUAUGCAGAUUUGAGCAAGUAUGCCAUGGGGGGAGAGGCGCCGAAAGAGUCGACCAGAAACCGACAAGGUGCGCACAGUGAUCCUGAGCAGCCGUCGCACGGGAUCGCCCGCGAAACUACGGAGCUGAGUGGCAAGUCGCAGCCAGAGAGGGUUGGAGGAUAG